AGCUAUUUUGGGAUAAAGAUGAAAAGGAAGAAGACUUUAGUGGAGGACAUCUCCACGCUUAUCACCCUCUCGGACCAUCCUGAAAAAGCCUAUGGGAGCAUGGAGAUGAGUGCAGCACCUCAGGAUAACAAGAACGUGUUCAGUGAUGGGGUCACCCGGAUCGAUUUUGUCUUGGUGUGGGAGGAAUCUGUAAACCCCCUGAAGUUUGCAGAAUCAGAUGAAGUAUCGUCCGGUUCCUCUCGUGACACUCACAGGAAGUGGAGGACAGAGUUUCUUUCCAGACUCCAGACUGCCGGCCUUCAUCAGGAGACGAAAGAGGUUUUGCAGGAAAAAACAAAGACAACUUACGUCCUUCUGAGUGCGCCCUGGAAUGUUCUGUGUUAUUAUGCAGAGGAGAUCAGCCUUCGAGUGCCAUUACAGGUUGUGACAACUCCAAUCUCAAACUGGUCUGAGAAGAUCCUAGAAACACUGCACAUCCCAAACAUAAUGGCACAAGAUGUGCCUAACCUUCCACUGGACUACUACACCUGCCAGUUCCACACCAAUAAACUAGAGAGGUUUCUUGGUCAUGAAAACAAGGAUACCUUUUUCAAGACCACACAGAGGCAUCAGAUACUGUAUGAGAUACUAGCCAGGACUCCAUAUGGAUCGUUGAAGAGAGGGGAGGUUGGCAUUGGCAGGCUGGUUAGUGAGCACGUUCUCACUGCUGCUUUUCCCUUACAUGAGGGUCCAUUUGAGAUGCCAAAGACUCCAGUAGAUCCACAGUCUCUCAACAUGAGACAGAUCCUGCAUCACUACUGGGCUCGCUGGGCUUGCUGGAGGAAGUACCAGCCUCUGGAUCACAUUCGUGAAUACUUUGGCGAGAAGAUAGCACUCUACUUUGCAUGGUUAGGUUUCUACACAGGCUGGUUAUUACCAGCAGCAGUAGUGGGUUUUAUUAUUUUUCUGUUUGGCAUCUGGCUGAUGAUCACUGAUGUGGCAGCAGAAGAACUUUGCUCCAGUGGAGGCGCAUUUGUCAUGUGUCCAUUAUGCAACAUCUGCAGCUACUGGAAUCUCUCCAGUAUAUGCUAUACUUAUAAGGCAGGCUUGCUAUUUGACAAUGGAGGAACUGUGUUCUUCAGUAUAUUCAUGUCUCUGUGGGCCGUCACCUUCCUGGAGUACUGGAAACGCACAAGCUCCAUACUCUCCCACCGAUGGGACUGCUUCGAAUUUGAAGAAAUAGAGGAGAGGCCAAGACCAGAAUUCACAGCACUGGCACCCAUGACAGUUCGUAAUCCUGUGACAGGGGCUGAAGAACCCUAUUUCCCAGAGAGUCAACGACUGAGUCGUACUCUAACUGGUAAUAUGGUCAUCAUUCUAAUGAUUGCCAUUGUUUUGAUAUUCCUAAUAGCCAUUAUCCUGUAUCGAACUAUCCUAAGUAUCAUUAUCUACAGAUCACAGAAUGAGUUCUUCAUAAUUUUCGCUGGAAGGAUAGCUAGCCUUACUGGUUCUAUGCUAAAUUUGCUGGUUAUUCUGUUGUUGUCACGGCUCUACACUUACCUGGCCCAAAUUCUGACACGAUGGGAAAUGCACCGCACCCAGACCAAAUAUGAGGACGCGUUCAUCCUCAAGGUCUUCAUCUUCCAGUUUGUCAACUUCUACUCAUCUCCUGUUUACAUUGCUUUUUUCAAGGGCAGGUUUGUUGGAUACCCUGGAAACUAUAACACACUCCUAGGAAUCCGAAAUGAAGAUUGUGGUGCCUCUGGAUGUCUCACUGAACUAGCUCAAGAGCUGUUAGUCAUCAUGGUAGGCAAACAGGUCAUCAGCAACAUCCAGGAAUUUGUCUUGCCUAAAUUAAAGACAUGGUGGCACAGGAGGAAGCUGAAGCCAGCUCCCAGUCAGGAAGUGAUUGAUGAACCAGACAGUGAGCCAGAGCUCAGCCCAUGGGAAGCAAACUAUCAGCUGCUGGUGUGUGAGGGGCUGUUCGAUGAGUAUCUGGAAAUGGUUCUACAGUUUGGCUUCAUCACCAUCUUUGUAGCAGCCUGUCCCUUGGCUCCAUUGUUUGCUUUGAUAAAUAAUUGGGUGGAGGUGCGUCUCGAUGCCCAGAAGUUUGUGUGUGAGUACCGCAGGCCUGUUGUGGAAAGAGCACAAGACAUUGGGAUCUGGCUGACCAUCCUAAAGUUCAUUUCCUACCUGGCUGUCAUCAGUAAUGCUUUCCUGAUUUCCUUCACGUCUGAUUUCCUGCCACGGCUCUAUUAUCGCUACACUACAGGCAGCAUGAGAGGAUAUGUCAACUUCACCCUCUCAGUGGCCCCUGCAAACUUCACCCAAAGCAACUUGACAUGCAGAUAUCGAGGCCUAAGGGAUGAUAAAGGACAGCCCACACAAGAUUACUAUCAUCUGCUGGCCAUUCGACUGAGUUUCGUCAUUAUAUUUGAGCAUGUUGUUCUCCUGAUUGGGCGUAUUAUUGACUGGAUGGUGCCAGAUAUUCCUGAGGAGGUGGAAAUUAAGAUCAAACGAGAGCAUUACAUGGCCAAAGAGGCACUGGCUGAGAAUCAGUCACUGAGUAGAACCAUUCUUGAAGAAAUGGAGCAGCAGAUCUCUGCGCUGCGAAACAGAGGAAGAACACAGAGUCCUAACAACAUCUCGUCUCCCUCCAGUCCAUCUCCUGAACAUAAAGACAAACCUAUAGGCUGAUAUUUCACUCUUCUUAUAAACCUUUCUACAAUGUAUAGUUGUUUUUGUAAACUGUUGCCUAUUGAAUAUUAAUAACAUAUCUUCUGUCCUUUCAUGGUGAGCUCUAAAGGCAUCAUAUAAUAAUAGUUUAGAGACCUACCCUGCAUCCUAAAUCACACAAGAAUCAAUCAUUGUGUAUCACUCAAAGGUCACAGGAUCGUACAUGAUUAAAGAAGGCCGAAUUAUCUCACUUGCUCGUUGUUGCUGUUUUUAAACUGUAUAACUAUUGAUGAUAUAUAGUUUUGAGAAAAUAAUGUGGUCUAACAUGUUAGUUUUAGUUAGACUAAAUUGUAAUAGUGUUGCAAAUACUUUCCCGAGUAUUCUCAAAAGAUCAUGGGUUUAUGACCUUUAUUUCUUAUAUCUAACUUGUUCAAAACCUGUUCAAUUUUAUGCUAUAUUUGAGGCCAGAAUGUUAAUAGGGUGACAACAGAGAGACUGAAUGAAGUAAUCAAACCAGUCAGCACAUUUCCUUUCUCUGGUUAUUGUUUCUUUAAUGUAAAAAACUGAAGCAGUUCGGUAUGAAUGAUCAACUUUAACAAAUAGACUGGAGUCAUUUUCGUUCAUCUCAAACAUGUGCCACUAAUAAAUGAUGACAAAAGCAACAGUGUCGGAUCUACUGUAACAAAUACAAAGAUACUAACGAAUGUCCUUAAUCUUUAACACAUAGCUGGAAAAUGUGUGCAGCUGUGUUGGCCAUUUUUGGCAGCAAUGCAAUGUUAUCCUGAGAAGAACGGCUUGUUUUGUAAGAUCCUUCAGCCUGGGUCCAGUUAAUAUUAGCUAACAAAGCUAGGUUUCUAAUUAUAAACAUACAGCUGGUGUUUCACAUACCUGGUGUAAAGUGUCACAGGCCAUUGCUAUAAAGUAGGUUAUCAGAUGUAUUAAACCGACAUAUUCAGUUUUUACACGGUUUGAAAAGGCAUUCAGCUUGGACAAAUAAAGCUCCUUAUGGGCAAUGAUCUGAUUCAUUUUUCUUUC